AUGGUUAUGAAAUCAAGCCUACACGUCAGGCACCGCGACUCUUUGAAGGUCCACUUCACCACGGUCCUGUUCUACCAUUUUUAUCAUCAGGAGAGAUCGCCGUGCGCCUGCCGUACACGUUCCUGGUGUCUCCCUUUCUGGACCAGGUAUGUUACCAACAGCUCAGUUGAUGUGUGGCUUGCGGCCCGUGAUGAGCAAAAGACGCUCUAUCGGAUGGACCGAAGCGGCUGUCUUCGCAACUCCGGGCACAGUUUGGCAUCAAACUACUUUGCAGAGCCGAUUGAUUUGAUGUUUGUUUUCGAGAUCAACGCCUUGAUGCAUCCUAUGACGCGGGUGAUGCCGGCCCGCCGGGUUCUGCUUUAUCCGACGUAUGACCUCUCAGACGAUCAGAUUGCAAACUUUGAGGACCUCGGCGUGUCAGUGCUGCCGGAUGAUGCCAUUCUGAAGCCUCCCAAUCCUUCCUUCAGAAAAACAUUAGACGAGGCAAUCAUGCAGAGACAGCGCCGCCUUCAGAGACCGAAGGACAAGCUGUUGAUUUUCCCUGCAGACAUUCGGCCUAUCAAGGGGCAGCUGGACUUCUUGUCAGGGCUGCUUUUCGAAGGGGCUAGAAAGCCAUCUGCUGUCCAGCGCCUGCGUGGCCUGACCAUCGUCGUGGCUGGUGGUUGUGACGGGAAUCAGACUUAUUGCAACGAGGUAGUGACAUUGACACAGAAAAUCAAUGCAGAGAAGUUACUCAACGUGGUCGUGGCUGACCAGCUCAAGGAUGAAGAGCUUGCGCAGCUUUUCACUGCUUCCUUGGGGAUCGUGAUGCAUUCAGUGAUAGACUGCAAUCCUCGUGUGAUCUACGAGGGGCUUGUUACUGACACACCGUUCUACGUUACCGAGUCCACUCGUUUGCCACCCUUGAUCCAACACCUGGGGCACGUCACAGAUGGAGACCCCGCGUUGGUUGCGGAGCGGUUGGCAGACUUCGUGGAGCUCUGCGAGGCUGGCGGCUUUACAGGCCGUGCUCGUGAAUUUGCCCGGAGACACUUGACUGAGGCUGACAUCUACAGAAAAAUGGUAGAGUGGAUGGAUCAGAAGUAUUUAAGCGGCAAAGAAACGCAACCCAUCAUCCGCGGAGAGGAAGCUCUUGACAGCUUCGGCGGUGGCCUGGGCAACAUUCUUGGAGGAGCUGGACUCGGUGGCCUUGGUCUCGCGGGCCUCGGCGGGUCCACAGGCUCGCUGAGUCUUGCUGAGUAUCACGGAAAUGGGGUUGAAAUCAGGAGCGGCCACCUCCAGAGAUUCUAG